AUGCGCAGACGUAGCGGCUGGAAGUACUUCGCGACUGUUAAACAACUGCAAAAAGAAAAUGGGAUUUUGAAACAAGAGUUGCUUAUGUACGACACACUGCACAAUUGCGGCAACAUCGGUCAUGAACCGUUGACGGAACAGGAGAAACAACAAUUACGUAAUCAUGUGGUGAAAUAUUUGGAUGGGGAAGUGAACGAUUUGCAAAUAAUGAAUUUGCGACAACUGAAAGAGAUGUUUAUUGCGUUCAAACAAAUUAAUCGGGCUCUUCAAGCCCAAGUUGAAGAAUUGCGACAGAAAGUGAUCAACCAAGGCAGUUCCACGGAUUCAGUUUCAGUUACAGCACCAUCUGGUUCCACGGUUUCCGGCACUCGGACGAUCAAUGCACGAGGAGCAGCCAAAUUGAAAACCGGUGCUAAUGGCUCCGCGGAUGCCGGUGGGACAGUCACAUCUCAAUACCAAGUCGGGGAUCUUGAUUUGACCAGUGGAUAUGGUUUAGGUUUGAGUGAAAAAGCAUUGAAUGUGAUGGUCAAAACGCCUACACUUCAUCCGGAUGCUUCGUUUUUACAGGUGAGCAAGCGCAGUGAAACUUCAUGGGAUGGAUUUUGA